CACUCCAACAUUACAUUUCACUUAUCACCACCGAAGGAGCAAAGGACAAGAUGAAGUUCUUCCUCCUUUUAGUAGUGAGUGUCGUGGCGGUGUACUCCAAGCCAGCGGGAGAGAAUGACGUCAUAGGAUCCGUGAUCGGUGUCGUGAAGAAUUGUGCCGAAGGAGACGUUUCCCUGUGCCUCAAGGAAAGAGCCCUGAAAUAUGUUGAAAACAUCAAUUCUGCUAGGGAGGUCAACAUUGCUGAUGGCAUCAGUCUCAUCGGGACUGGAUCCAGUAGAUCAGCCAGAUCCUUCGAGCCUUUACCUGAAGAACCUGUGGCCAGGGAAAACCAAGUGGAGUCCAGACUAGUAGACGCUGCAGCGGACUUCAUGGAAAACCACAUAAUUCAACUGCGCAUGCCUAAAAGCACCGUUGAAGAUGUCAAGCGAUCGCUUGAGGAAGGUCGUGGCAAAAAGAAGAAAUUGAAGCAACUGUUACCCAUCCUCGCUCUCCUGCAACUGAAGAUCCAGUCCCUCAUUCCCUUGUUCUUGGCCAUCAUUGCUUUCGCUGCCAUCAAGGGUCUGAUGUUGGCCAAGGCUGCCCUUUUGGCUUCUGCCCUGGUUCUGCUGAAGAAACUGCUGUCGAAACAUGAGCAUCAUGAAAGCUAUGAAGUGGUAGCCCAUCCUCAUCAUGAGGAACACUACAGCCAUGGAGGUGGUCACGGCGGAUGGGGAAGGUCAUCACAAGAUGCCCAGGCCCUCGCCUACAACGCAUACUCAAACUAAUUACAUACCUAAGAUGAGUUUAAGACUGUACUUAUCCCUAUGGAUACAUAGUCUGUAUCUUCGGUUAGUCUAGUAACGGACCUCAGAGUAUUGAGUUUAAUUUAUUGUUAAUUUAUUUAAAUUAUUAAAAAAAAAAGAAUGUUAUUAAUUUAAAUAUCGAAUGAGUGAAUCUUGUCUAGGCUAUUGACUUCCGAAUCAUCGCCAUUUUCAUUUAUAUCAUAUUUAUUAAUUUCAAUUUCAGUUUUUUAUCUAUUUUUCUCUGUCAACGUACCUGUUUUUUUGUUAAUUUAGUUUUUAUAUAAUCGAGUACAAAUAGUAAGUUUGUUUAGUUUCAUAUAUAGCUUUAACCUAUAUCUUUUUAGUCACUCUUUUGACUGUGUUCAUUAAACUAGUCGUAUUUCUUCCUAUUUUUAUAUAGAUAUAUAUUUAUAUACUUUUGUAAAUAUGCUUCGUAUGAAAGUAUUUACGUAAAAUAUUGUUUUUGGCAUCUUCGUUUGUAUUAUUAUAUGUAUUAUAAAUAUUAUUUAUUUGUGUAAUUUCGUGUCAUAUAUAUUCAUAUGCUAUCAAUUUAUCGGUAUUUCAGGGCAUUUUGCUGAGCGAUUUUGCCCUUGUGUAAAUUAUCCUUUACCUAGUUCUUAUUAUUUUUCAUAGGUGAUGUAUUUUUCCACUUAUUUCGUACAAAACGUCUUCAUCAGUUUCAUUAUACUAAACCUAAUUUAUUUACAAACCACCCAUGAAUAAAAUAUAGUCAUUCAUGUA